AUGGCCGACAGAAGGGUUGACGAAGAAAGGCUGAAUAAGAAAUUAAACUUCUCCUUUUGUGAAGAAGAUACUGAGAAUGGAGGACAGAUAACAGCAUACGGCACCAGGGAGGCCCAGAGCCAGAAGCCUAAGACAAAUAAGGAUGAGGAGUUGGAGGAUCCCAAGUCUCCUCCCAGAGAUGAACUUUGUCCUCAGAAGAGAAACAAGGAAAGCCCAGGUCCUAUUCUUUGGAGUCCAGCUUCAUCCCUUCCUAAAUGUCCAGAGACGCCAAUACCAUAUGGCAAGAGCAAGGGGCCAGUCGCUGACAACCCCUCCACUCCCAAAAAUUCACUGCCUCAGCCAGAGAUAUCUUCAAUAGGGAAGCUAUCUGCCCGAAGCACUAAACAUCUGAGACACACACCUGCUCCCUUCAUGGAUGAGAAGACCUCUUUGUCUCUGGUUAAUAUCAACCCAUUCACUCCAGAGUCCUAUAGAAAACUAUUCCUUCAGUCAGAGGGCAAGAGGAAAACCAGAGGUGAUCUUGAGGAAACUGGAGAAGGGGGAAGCAAAUCGGAGCAGUGGCUGCCUGCUAAGAGAAGUGUUCUACGAGAAACUAACAUGGCUUCCCGCUAUGAAAAAGAAUUCUUGGAGGUAGAAAAAAUUGGGGUUGGGGAAUUUGGUACAGUCUACAAGUGCAUUAAGAGGCUGGAUGGAUGUGUUUAUGCAAUAAAGCGCUCUACAAAACCAUUCUCAGGAGUAUCAAAUGAUUUGGAUUUGCAUGAAGUUUAUGCUCAUGCAGUGCUUGGCCAUCACCCCCAUGUGGUACGCUACUAUUCUUCAUGGGCAGAAGACGAUCACGUGGUCAUUCAGAACGAAUACUGUAAUGGUGGGAGCUUGCAGGCUGCAAUAUCUGAAAAUGCUGCAUCUGGCAAUCACUUCCAAGAACCUAAACUCAAAGACAUCCUCCUCCAGGUCUCCUUGGGACUUAAGUACAUCCACAACUUUGGCAUGGUACAUCUGGACAUCAAACCCAGUAACAUCUUCAUUUGUCAUAAAAUGCAGAGUGACUCUCCCGUAGGCCCAGAAGAGGCUGAAAGUGAGGCUGACUGGUUUCUCUCUGCCAAUGUGAUAUAUAAAAUUGGUGACCUGGGCCAUGUGACAUCAAUCAGAAAACCCAAAGUAGAAGAAGGAGAUACUCGAUUCCUGGCUAAGGAGAUCUUGCAAGAGAAUUAUCAACACCUUCCCAAAGCAGACAUAUUCGCCUUGGGGUUAACAAUUGCAAUGGCUGCAGGAGCAGAGUCAUUACCCAUUAAUGGUGACAUGUGGCAUCAUAUCCGCAAGGGGAACCUUCCAGACAUUGUCCAGGAGCUCUCAGAUGACUUUUAUGGUCUACUCAAGAACAUGAUCCACCCUGAUGCAGAGCAGAGACCUUCUGCAGCAGCUCUGGCCAGAAGUCGAAUUCUCCGGCCCUUUAUGGAGAAAACGGAGGAACUCCAGAAGCAACUGAACUUGGAGAAGUCCAAGAUAGCCACACUGGAAAGGGAACUGAUAAAAGCUCAGCAAAUCCAGACCCCUCAAAGAUACAUCCACCAUGGUGGGUCUCAGAGAUACAUCGCCCAUGGUGAUCCUGGGACCUCUGGAACCCAUGAAGACUCAAGAAGCAUAAGAGACAUGGUAGGAGGAAUGAGUGUGGAGUCCUCAAGAUUCACCUGUAGGAAAUUCUCCGUAUAA